GAAAAUAUUUCAUUUUUGCUUUUUUCAGGAUUUCACAAAGGAUCUGGAGGAGGACAUGGGGGAUUUAACAUAGGAAGUGGACAUUACUACAAACCAGGGUUCCACAAAGGGCACCAGGGCUACAAUAAACAUACGAUGAUCAAACCAGUGCCAGUUUAUAAAACAGUAUAUGUCAACAAGAAAGUUCCAGUUUACAGAAAAAUAUACAUUGACAAACCUGUGUACAGAAAAAUAUACAGAGACGUCAAAGUACCAGUAGGCCCAAGACCAAACCGUCUCAAUCCAGGCGCAUGGUUCCCAAAAUCAGGACCGGGUCCCGUAGGCCCACAAGCACGUGGCGGAAGUGUUCAGGUAUCACGUGGACCAGGAUCAGGCGGUGCUGCAGGGCCAGACAUAAACUUUGACGUCAAUGCUUUCGGAGGAGCUGGAGGAUUUGGAGGUCCUGGAGGGGCCGGAGGAGGUGGAAUUGACCUUAAUAUUGAUGUUACGGGUCCUGGAGGAUUUGACCUAGGAGCAGGAGCAGGCGGUGGAGCAGGGGGAAACUUUGAUCUGAAUUUAGGACUACCGGACAUAGGGGGUGGAGGAAUAGACUUGGGUUUAGACAUUGGAGGCGGUAUUGGUGGCGGAUUAGAUGGUGGUCUCCCAGGUAUGGGUGACCUUGGACUCGGUAUGGACCUUGGUGGUGGCGGGUUUGGUGAUCUUGGUCUGGGAGGAGGUGGAGGAGGGCUCGACCUUGGCGUCGGAGGAGAUCUUGGAUUUGGUGGCGGUGGAGGUCUCGAUCUUGGUGGCGGUGCCGGUCUCGGAUUUGGUGAUGGGGCUGGACUUGGAAUGGCAGGAGUGCCUGGUCUUAGGGAGUUCAGUGCUCCAGGACUUGCCAGUUUCCAACAGGCGCCUUCCGAAACAAUAGUCACUAACCAAAUCCAUAUAACGGAUACAGACCACGUCGUCACAAACACCAAUACCAACUCUGCCAGCAGCCACAGCAAUAGUGCCAGCGCAUCUAUACACAAUAACAUUGGUGUACACGAUGCCGACUCCAUUACUGUAAACAGUGGAGGUCCUGGAAUUGGUCAUGAAGUGGGUAUUGGUCAUGGAGCCGGGAUCGGACACGGCCUUGGAGCCGGUGGCGGCGAAUUAGCAUUUGGACUUGACGCAGGAGCUCUUGGCGCUAACGCCGCCUCAGCUUUGGAUUUGGCUAGUUUGUUAGGAAGUUCUAUCAUGGAUUCCGCAGCAGGUGGUUUAGUGGGAGGCGCAGGGGCUGGACAUUCUGCUGGAGGUAUCGAUCCAUUCGUCGCUGGAGGAGCAGGAGGCGGGGCUUCAGGAGGUGGUGUCGGUUUGGGAAUGGACGCUGGUUUGUCAUUAGGAGGAGGGCACGAUCUUGGAUUUGGAGGCGGAGCUAUGGGUGGAGUAGGCACAGGAGGAGUAGGUGGGGCAUCAGGAUUUGGUGGUGUUGACGCGUUAGGUGGAGCAGGAAGUGGAGGUCACGGAGGAGUAUCUAAUCCUACUGAUAAUCAGCUAGCAAGUAUACUUGCCGGGCUCGGAUCAGGCGGCGGCACCGAUCAUGUGGCCACCGCGGCAACCCAUCAAGGCCAACAAGGCGUUAUGAUUGGCGAACCAGUGGCACUUGUAACAAUGGGGGAUCAAUUUGGUGGUGGACAUUCUAGCGGUGGACACGGAGGGGCCACAGGUGGUGGUCACGGAGGGGGUCAGGCUGGCUUUGACCAUGGCUCUGUUGGCGGUCACGGAGGGAAAAUGGGAGGUCACGGUGGUUCAAUAGGUGGUCACGGGGGUUCAAUUGGAGGUCACGGCGGUUCAAUAGGGGGUCACGGCGGUUCUUCGGGCGGUCAUGGCAAAGCCUCAAUGGGCGGCCACAGUACAAACGUAAUUGGUGGUCAUGGAGGCCAUGUGUAAAAUUAUCAGAGGACUUUGAUUUUUGCAAAGAUCAGCAUAAAUUAUUUUGUCAUUAUUGACAACAGACUCUUGAGGUGUGAUAAACAAGACAAGACAGACGUAUAAAUUAUGGAAUACAAUAAGGGACACACAGAAAUAUGGAAUACAAUAAGGGACAAAACAUUCGUUAAUGAAAUAAAUGACAUCAGUAAAAUGUCGCUUGAGGAAUUCUUCCUGAUAGAAACAAUGACUGAUUACUGAAUGAUUCUAAAAUAACAUUUAUUGAAACAAAUUCAAAAUUUACAUUUGCAUUUUAAUAUGAAAUCCGUCCUCAGAAGAUUAAUUUUUUUGUCAAAGUAAUAAUAUACCGUAAUUUAAAGCAACUCUGACCACCCCAUUGAGCUAACCUGUUGUGGUAGUAAG